GGUUGAUUUCAGAAUAGGAUUAUAUGUGAUUUAAGGAAAAUACCACUUGAGGGUAGAAAUGUUAGCUCGGUACAACAGCUCAGUUUCUUGCAAGGGAGUGGUAAAAUAUUAUUAAUAGGACACCAAAUGUUAGAUUAAACGUACAUUUUGAGCGUUUUAUGAAAUAUAUAAUUGUAUUUUGGGAUAAAGUGAAGCACAGGAGUUGAGGAGAGCUCCUCACACAGGGGGUUGGGUUGCCGUGCCGAUUGGCUGCUGUUCACAGACACAUACAGUCACGGGCUUGAAACAGAACCAGGGGCAGGUCGACAGCAAGGAAACCAUAAUCAUUGAAAAUUAAAAGUACACCGUCCGUGUCGUAACCCGAGAGGUAUGUUGUGACACAGACAUCGCGCACUGGAAAGGUUCCUCUCUGUGUUCUUUGGCCUACUACUGCAGCUGCGGCUGGGAUUUUCUUCAUCCACUUUCACAAUUUGGGAAAAAAGGUCAUUUGACGCGCACAAGCGAAGAGUUUUCGAUAUCAGUGACAUUGGUCAGCAUGUAAAUGAAAAUGAAGCAGUGCCAUUAUGAUUCGCCCACAUGUGCAUACUCUCAGUAAUGCAACACAUUGCCGUACCUGUCCACAGGUGCCUGAUCCACUAGAAAGUACAUGGAAAACAUCACCAGCCAGCAGACACACACUUGGCUUUAACCCUCAACCUUCCUGUCUCAUCUGUCUAUGGGUUAAAGUCUAAGAGUCAAAACUUACUUCUCAUCCCUAGAGAAGCUUUAAAAAUCUGACUUUUUAGAAUCAGGACCUGCCUCUUUCUGCCAAGGACCCACAAGUCUUAUGGGACAGUGUGCAGACAAGGAACUCAGAUGGGGGCGUGGUAGCCAGAUUGAGCUGUUGACACAUCCAUCUCAAAAUGGAUGCAGCUUUGACUGACAGCUGCACGUCCCCACCUAGCCCUGAUUUUAGUCUGGACUCAUCCAGUCCAUUUGCAAAUGGACUGCACUUUGAGUCAAUACUGUUUGAAGAUGAGGACGAGGAUGAAGUUAUGAAUCCAGAGAUGGAGUCUCAACUGGAAAGAGUGUCAUGUGGCUCAACGAAAGAACAUACAACAAAUUCAAAGUUGAAGACAAAAUUGGAUGUCAAGUCUAGAAACAAAAUUUCAAAUGCUCACGCAUCUCUGGGGCAAAAAGCUGUAUUUAAAGACAAGUCUACAAGUGAUUGUGGGCUUUCUUCUCUUGUGAGCAGGUCUGCUGGGAUUAUAAUGACGAAAAAAACAAAAAAAACAAAGGCUCUACCACCAGUAAAAUAUUUGGAGGGCGAAGUAAUAUGGGCUAAAUUCAACCGUAGACCAUGGUGGCCAUGUCAGGUGACUGUUCACCCAGUUGAGGGAGUUUACCACAGAAUUAAAGAGCCACCAGAUAGGACCAAUCGUCAGUAUUUCCUCAAGACAUUUGGGGAACCUGAAGAACAGGCAUGGGUCCCUGAGCGAUCUACUCAUAUAUUUGUGGGUGGAUAUCAGUUUAACAAUCUCCCUUUUGUGAGGGGAAGUGGACGACAACAAGAUGAAAACACCAGACACUCUAUACCCAAGCGUUUUCUGAACUCUUGGAGAGCUAGUGUGCUUGAAGCAGAAGCACUUCUCCUGGAGAAGCCAAGGGUCACCACUCCCUGCUCAGACCUCACCAAAACAAUCCCUGAAGGAACUACAAAUAACACAGAAAACAAAUUGUCCGUGCCAGUGGAAUUACCCAACUUUAGUCCUCUGACCAAUGGAACGGUUACACAAAAAGACCAUCUGAACACCUUACCAUAUAAUCAAGGGUCUAAAAACAAAAAGAAACAGAGAAAGUCUUCAACACAUUUAAAAAAAUCUGAGGAAUUUCUUUAUGAAAAGGAUAAGAUUAUGGAAGCUUUGGACAGUCCCUACUCUGACAUUGAUUCUGUACCACAGAUCCGAAGAUGUCCCAAAAGCACUGAGCAAAUUUCGAAGCACUGCGCUGUUAAUAAUCAGUCAAACUCAACCUCAAGUCAACUAACCAUUGCAAAUGACAAAGAGGUAAAGAAGAACGUGGAGAACCAGGGUGGCCUUUGGUUUAGCAAAACAGGGAAAGGUCAGGUCAACGGGGGACUUAGUCGUGCUGGCAUUAAAUCUGUGAACUGUUCUUUUGGGAAGGUAUCUUGUAAAAUUAAGAUGCCAGAUUCCGCAAGCAUGAAACCCAAAGACAAUCACAUCAGCGGAAUUGAACAUCUAUCUACAGAAGCCAGGAAAGCUCUCGAUAGGAGAGUGAAGUGCCUUCCAGCAAGUAGUCGCCUGAUGACAAGAGCACUGAAAGCGAUGGAGGAGGCAGAGUGGAUGAAGAAACAACUGGUAAACCAAGAGUCAGCAUCAAAUGUCGAAACAGAGAAUUGUGUAUCUUUUUCUGAUGUUACAAUGCCUGAAACAACAGAUGUAGACAACCAUGUCCCUUCACAGAAGAUGCCAACUACAGCAAGAUGUGACCUGAAAGAGGACUCAAAAAGUAGCAUACGCACGCAGUUAUCAUCAGAUCUUCUAAGUUGUAAGGAUGAUGCAAAUGUAGUCAAAUGUGAAGAUGAAGCUUCUUUGAUAUCUCAAGCACCUGUUGCCUUUCAUUCAUCCAAAUGCAAACAAGAGAGGCAUGCUUCCGAUUCGUCUUCUAGUUCUACUCCAUCUUUGCGCUUAAAGAUGGAAGAUGUGAAAAACAUGAAAGAAAUAACUUUCAAAUCACUAACAAAUGAACAGAGUGGCCAGCCUUUGUCAUUUCAUCCUGAUGCAAACUAUAAGUUUAGCACAUUCCUAAUGAUGCUCAAGGAUAUUCACGAUAGCCGGGAAAAAGAUGGAACUACAUUGGUAAUAGAACCGUUGCCUAUAAAUGAACUUAUUAAAGAGGAGCCAUCACUGAUUCUAGACGUAAAAGAUGAGAUGAACACAAUAAACACAAUCAAUCAACAAAAAUGUCAGCUGGGCAAAACUGCAUCAAAACAGAAGAAAAAACCAAAGUCAAGGACAAAUAUGAUAUCAGGAAUUCAGUUAACCUCUACUGUGUCGAAAAACACUCAAAGACCUAGCAAAAAAAUUUGUUCAAAAAAGAAAACCACUGAGAUCCCAGCAAAUAUCCACUCAAGAGAUACAUUUGACGAACUGGUAUGUGAGCACCAACCGCCCUCAAAAGAACCAGAAACUAAGUUCUCGGUUAAUGUGCCUAAAAAGCGUUGGCAAAAGUUUGACCAAGUCAGUGAUGAAGCAUUAAAUGUAGUUGAGUGUACUUGUAUUCAAGAAACACAACAAUUAACGUCAGAAAAUUGUGACGUUUUGGUGGGUGAUGCAAAUAAGUCUUGUCCCUUUGUGCCUGUGAAGGAAACUAUAAUCAAUGCAUCUGAAAAUACUCAAGGCAACUAUCAAAAAAAUGACAUCCCAACAGAAUGCAAACGUAUUAGAAAACCCAGCAAAAGACUCAUAGAAUGGACAGAGGAAUAUGAUCAAUUGUUUUCCACUAAGAAGAAAGCAAAAAAGAAAGAGUCCUUUACUAAGGUUGAAAACAAUAACUGCACGGGCACAGUGGAGAAAACAUCUGGCGAAAGUGUACAGAAAGCUCAGGUGACAGAACAAGGUGUGUCAAGGCCCCUGCCAGAAUUACAGACUCCUCCUCCAGAAGACCGGUCUCGGAGCACUCCUUCAAUAAAUCCAUGUCAAGAGAGGCAGGUGUUGUCUGUAGACACUUUUACUCCACCUCCAGAAACAAUCCCAUCACCACAUGCUGAAAUUUGUCAUAAGGAGGAGCUUCAAAAACAAAAUGCUAUAGCCACUGGUGAUGGUGUGUGUCUAAGCACAAAGAGACAACGGAAACCCACCAAAAAGAUUCUAGAAAGUUCCAUAGAAUCUGAACCAAUUCUUGUGCCAAAAAGAAAGGUAAAGUCACAAAAGAUUUGCUCAUCUGGACAAUCUGUAAAUUCAGGCAUGGGACAACAAUCAACAAAAAGUAAGAACAAGUUGUCUUUUGAGUCAGUCGACACACCAACUGCCCCAAUCCUAGAAAGCACCGAGAUGGAGACAGAAGUUGCCCUUGCAAUGGCUCAUGCAGUUAACCCAGAAUCAGCCAAGGAUGGUUCAGAUGAUCUCAAAUGCUCAGAACCAGAGAUGGUUGAAUCUAGUUAUGGAUUGUGUUCGGAAAAAGAAGAAAAUUCACAAUCCGAUGAAGGAGUCUCUGAUAAAAGGCUCUCAGUGGAGAAAGGUGGCAGCACUUUACUCAAGGAGAAUGUGUGUCAGGCAUGUGAGAAGCAGGGAGACCUCCUUUUCUGUGAAGGGCAAUGCUGUGGGGUGUUCCAUCUACAAUGCACUGGCCUGAACGAGCCUCUUUCAGGGAAAUUUUUAUGUCAGGAGUGCACAUCUGGUAUACACUCAUGCUUUUCUUGUAAGAGCAUGGGUGAGGACGUCAGGCGCUGUAUGCUUCCAGGAUGUGGGAAGUUCUACCAUGGGGAGUGUGCUGCCAGCCAUGGACCCACAGUACCUCUGAACCGGGCUUUUCGUUGCCCUCUUCAUGCCUGCCUGUCGUGUUUCAUCACAAACCCUACCAAUCCAUCUGUAUCUAAAGGCCAGCUAACCCGCUGUAUCAGAUGCCCUGUGGCAUAUCAUGCCAAUGAUUACUGCAUACCUGCUGGGAGUGUCACACUCACCGACAACAACAUAGUAUGUCCCAAUCACUUCACACCAAGAAAAGGCUGCCGCAACCACGAGCAUGUCAACGUCAGCUGGUGCUUCGUCUGCUCAGAAGGAGGUAGUCUGCUGUGUUGUGAGUCAUGCCCUGCGGCGUUUCACCGAGAGUGUCUGAACAUCGACAUGCCAGAAGGCAGCUGGUACUGCAACGACUGUCGUGCUGGAAAGAAACCGCACUACAAGGAGGUAGUGUGGGUAAAAGUUGGUCGCUACAGAUGGUGGCCAGCAGAGGUUAGCAAUCCCAAAGACAUUCCCGAGAAUAUCCUACGCAUGAGACAUGAUGUCGGAGAGUUCCCAGUUCUUUUCUUUGGCUCUAAUGACUACUUGUGGACUUACCAAGCCCGUGUUUUUCCUUACAUGGAGGGCGAUGCCAACAGUAAAGAGAAAAUGGGAAAGGGAGUGGACUCUACUUAUAAGAAAGCAUUGGAAGAAGCUGCAGUAAGGUUCAAAGAACUGCAAGCCGAGAAAGAACUACGGCAGCUGCAGGAGGACCGACAAAAUCACAAAAAACCUCCACCAUACAAACAUAUUAAGGUGAACAAACCAAUUGGCAAAGUGCUGAUCAUUUCAGCAGACCUUUCGGAAAUUCCUCGCUGCAACUGCAAAGCGACGGAUGAGAACCCCUGUGGUAUGGAUUCAGAGUGCAUCAACCGCAUGCUGCUGUACGAGUGUCACCCACAGGUGUGUCCCGCAGGUGAGCGCUGCCAGAACCAGUGCUUCACCAAACGACAGUACUGCCAGGUGGAGAUCUUCAGAACGCUGUCUCGAGGCUGGGGGCUGCACUGUGUUCACGACAUCAAAAAGGGAGGAUUUGUUAACGAAUAUGUUGGAGAGGUGAUUGACGAGGAAGAAUGUCGUGCCCGGAUUAAACAUGCUCAGGAGAACAAUAUUGGCAAUUUCUAUAUGCUUACAUUGGACAAGGAUCGAAUUAUUGAUGCCGGGCCUAAGGGAAAUGAAGCCCGUUUUAUGAACCACAGUUGUCAGCCGAACUGUGAGACUCAAAAAUGGACAGUCAACGGAGACACACGUGUUGGGCUUUUUGCACUUACAGACAUCCCUGCUGGCACUGAGUUAACAUUCAACUAUAACCUUGAGUGUCUGGGCAAUGGGAAGACAGUGUGCAAGUGUGGUGCGUCUAACUGCAGUGGAUUCCUGGGAGUAAGGCCAAAAAACAACCCCCCAUCAGAUGAUAAAGGCCGUAAAAUGAAGAAGAAGUCUCAGAUGAAGCGUAAAUCCCAGCAGGAAGUAAUCAAGGAGCGGGAAGAUGAGUGCUUUAGCUGUGGAGAUGGAGGACAGGUUGUGUCCUGUAAGAGGCCGGGCUGUCCUAAGGUUUACCAUGCUGACUGCCUCAAUCUCACAAAGAGACCUGCAGGCCGUUGGGAGUGUCCUUGGCAUCAGUGUGACUUGUGUGGACAGGAAGCAGCUUCCUUCUGUGAGAUGUGCCCUAGCUCCUAUUGUGUCGAACAUCGAGAUGGCAUGCUUUUUAUAUCCAAACUGGAUGGCCGCUUGUCAUGCAGCGAGCAUGACCCCUGCGGCCCCGAGCCCCUGGAGCCUGGCGAGAUCCGGGAAUACCCCCCAGAACUCAUGACAACAUACCCUAUAAACUUCAUCAGAGCUACUAAAACCAAAUCCACAACCCUAAAAACUACAGCUGUCCCGCAGGCUUCCUCUCCUCCUGAUGCAGCCCCCCAGGUGUCCUUUAGCCCCUCCAGAAGCCCUCCACCAAUUGACAUCUCUUUAAACUGUGCAUAUUCACCAAUUUCUUCCUAUGAAGAAGAAAACACAGAAGAGGAAGAAAGUUUGAUACAAUUAGAAGGGGAUGGUGAGAAGAGCGUAACUCCAGAUAAUUCGGAUAGAUUGAGGAUAAAGAAGAAAACCGAAGUUUGAAGGUUUAAUCUAUGGAAGCAAACUGACUUGAGGUUUACAUUUCCCAACAGACCUCUUUAUAGCCAUGCUCUCACUGCUUUCUGAUGUACAUCAUCUUUUCACUACAACAUACUUGAAGAGGGUACACAAAACACUUUGCAUCCCUGUCAGUAAUCCCUUUGAUGAAGAGGACAAUGUUUUCUGGAAAAAUGGUUUCAAACACUGAUUAAAUAGAACUGACUUUAUGCGACAUCAUGCGAAAUCCGACUGUAGCCAAUGUUAUGUAUUUUCUUUCUGGGAAUAUGAAAGAUGUUGAACAUCCCAAAAAAGCAACAAUGAAGAGAAUGAAGAUACAGUAUUUAGGGAAAGGAAUAUAUUUUUCCUCAGAAACUCCAUUGCCUUCUUCAAGUCAAAUAAUAAUGACUAUAAACUCAUUUACCAAAACUGAUUUGUGCUGUAUAUUUGCUCUGUGAGCAAAUGGUACAGAAAUUAAGCUUAGUGGAAACUUUACUAUUAAGUAAGUGGUUCAUAUACACUUCCUCGUCAAAAAACAAAGUUACGGAAUACUGAGGAGUCAAGGAUUGAGUAAUUAUUGCUGUUCUAAAUAUGUUUCUAGCAUGUUGUAGGUUUGGCAACAGUUCUUUAAACCCUAACUGAUGCACUUCACAGCUUUUUAUUUCUUAAACAACCAAGUCAAAAGACGUGCACGUCCAUGUUCCUGCAUGACAAUGUCAAGGUUCUUUGGGCCCAAAUUGUGAAAGAUUGGCCACCACAGAGUCCUGUGGGGAAGAAUUGUUGCCAAGCAUAUAACGUGUCAGAAACAUAUUAAUCAUUGAAAUAAUAUUUCAAUCCUACAAUGUUAUGUAUUUGCUUAUUUAAAUCCAGACAGUGACUUUUUUUUUGG